UAGCAGCUAAGGGAGUUGAGUUUAUACAGCAAUUAUAGGUUGUUUUUGUAGACAGACAUAAGAUCUGAAUAUGUGCAGCAAUGUGGUUCUAGAGACAACGACUGUAGUGGAGCUACUACAGAAGCAGUUUUGAGUGCUUUGCCAGGCGUUUAUUGUCUGUCUGUCUGUGGACCAGAUGGUUAAGAAGUUAAGAUGGAGGCAGACAACCAUGACAACACAACAGCUGGAGGAGGAGGAGAGUCUGAAACAAAAUCUUUAAGACCAAAUGUCAAAGAUGAGAUGGAGGAUUGUGCAGCCAAAGCCAAGUGGGAUCCAGUGAAUGAACCUGAUGAAGCUCAACACUCAGAGAAGAACAGUGAAAGCACAAGAGGAGAGUCUGAAAUCAAGUCGGUACCAUCUGCAACCAAAGAGAAAGUGAUGGCUGAACUCACACUUGUGUUAAUUGGUGACACAAAUUCCAUUGAGAUUGGAUCAAAAAACAUCUUACUUGACCAUGACGGGCAAGCAAAUGUGGAACAGUUUUCAUCCAAACUGUAUGAUUUGUGUGGUCGGCACAUCUAUGUCAUUAACAUGCUGGGUCUGCAAAACAUUGACAAAUUCCCAUUAUAUCAGGAAGUUCAUGCCUUUAUCUUACUGUUACCAAAUGGUCGGCAUAACAGCCAUUAUAGCUCAGGAGUGCAGUGGUUAGAAAAAGCUUUUGGGAAAAGAUCACUUGCUUAUUUAAUGACAGUUGUGACUCAUGAGUCAGAUGAGAAAUGUGAAAGUGCACUGACAGACCUGAAAGCCAACAGCAGUGAAAAAAGAUACCACACAUGUACCAGAAGUAUGAUGGAUGAAAGAGAGAUAAUAGCUCUACUGGAAAAAAUAGACGUCAUGGUGUCUGAAAAUGAUCACCACUGCUACAGUGGACUGAUCUGUGAUGAAAAUAAAGAGAAAAAACAUCUGGACCACAGAUCCCACAAAGAAGAAGGGAUCAAUUCCUCAGAGCUUCAGCAAAAUCAAACAGUAGACGAGCUGGAGGAGAGGGCAGCUACAUCAGAGGUAAAGUGUGAUCCAGUUGAAGAUGCUAAACACAGCAGAACAGUGGGAGGAGAAUCUGAAAUCAAGUCUGUAUCAUCUGCAACCAAUGAGAAAGGAAAGGCUGAUGAAGUUAGAGAGAUCAACAAUGAAAGCAGCAGUAACACGGGUGAGCUGCCCAUGGACGAGUGUGACGCAGUGAGGGACACAAUUCCAACAUCUCAGACUGUUUCAACAGUGACCAAAGAAUUGGAUGAUCUGGAGGAGAGGGCAGCUACAUCAAAGUGUGAUCCCGUGAACGAACCUGGAGAUGUAGAACACUAUGAGAAGAGUGAUGAUACCAGAACAGUGGAAAGAGAAUCUGAAAUCAAGUCUGUUCCAUUUGCAACCAAUGAGAAAGGUACCUUAGAUAUGGAUAUGAGUGGAAACAAGGAUGAGCAGUCAGUGAAAAUUUCUGAAGAGAUCAAAAGGAAGAAAGAAUAUCAAAGAGAAACUGAAACACUGCUUGGCAGACUUCACCUUCAAGACAAACAUCAACAGAAGUUGUCACCAGCAGAUUUUCUUAAAAUUGGGCCACCUGUGAAACAGGACCAGGACACAUCUGAGAAAGAUCUAGCUCGUACUUUUCUUCAGAGGUUGAUGAUGUUAGACUACAGAGCCAGAUACAUUCCUGUAAGACAAGACAGACCUGAGGUGAGCCAGUCAAAGCUUGUUCCAGUGUUUGACACUGAGACACAAGAUGAUGACUUAGAUGCUCUUUUUAGCACCAGUGUAGACUCAGAUCAAUCAAAACAGACUCACGUGCAUCCAAUGGAUGUUCAAAUGGCAGUAUUUCACUGCUCAGACAGCUUCCUUAAGCAGAACAUGAUCACAAAGCUAUCACAAUGUCAGUAUGCCUUACCUUUGCUUGUUCCUGACCCAGUCACAAUGGAGAUUGAAUGCCCUCUGUGGACUUUCAGACAAAUAACGAAAUGUGAUCCAGUGAACGAACCUGGUGAAGCUCAACACUCAGAAAAGAAUGAUGUAAGCACAGGAGAACAGUCUGAAAUCAAUUCUGGAUCAUCUGCAACCAAUGAGAAAGUGAUGGCUGAACUCACACUUGUGUUAAUUGGUGACACAAAUUCCAUUGAGAUUGGAUCAAAAAACAUCUUACUUGACCAUGACGAGCAAGCAAAUGUGGAACAGUUUUCAUCCAAACUGUAUGAUUUGUGUGGUCGGCACAUCUAUGUCAUUAACAUGCUUGGUCUGCAAAACAUUGACAAAUUCCCAUUAUAUCAGGAAGUUCAUGCCUUUAUCUUACUGUUACCAAAUGGUCGGCAUAACAGCCAUUAUAGCUCAGGAGUGCAGUGGUUAGAAAAAGCUUUUGGGAAAAGAUCACUUGCUUAUUUAAUGACAGUUGUGACUCAUGAGUCAGAUGAGAAAUGUGAAAGUGCACUGACAGACCUGAAAGCCAACAGCAGUGAAAAAAGAUACCACACAUGUACCAGAAGUAUGAUGGAUGAAAGAGAGAUAACAGCUCUACUGGAAAAAAUAGACGUCAUGGUGUCUGAAAAUGAUCCUCACUGCUACAGUGGACUGAUCUGUGAUGAAAAUAAAGAACACAAAGAAGAAGAGGUCAAUUCCUCAGAGUUUCAGCAAAAUCAAACAGUAGAGGAGUUGGAGGACAAUGCAGCAGAAAUAAAGUGUGAUCCAGUGAAUCAAGCUGGUGGUGUUGAACACUCAGAGAAGAAGGACGACAACACAGGGGGAGAGUCUGUACCACCUGCAACCAAGAAGAAAGUAGACCAGCUGGAGGAGACUGCAGCUACAUCAGAUGUAAAGUGCGAUCUAGUGAAUGCUAAACACUCAGAUAAGAGUGACAACAGCAGAACAGUUGGAGGAGAAUCUGAUAUCAAGUCUGUAUCAUCUAGAGCCAACGAGAAAGGUAUCUUAGAUAUGGAAAUGAGUGGAAACAAGGACGAGCAGUCAGUGAAAAUUUCUGAAGAGAUCAACAGGAAGAAAGAACAUCAAAGAGAAACUGAAACACUGCUUGGCAGACUUCACCUUCAAGACAAACAUCAACAGAAGUUGACACCAGCAGAUUUUCUUAAAAUCGGCCCACCUAUGAAACAGGACCAGGACACAUCUGAGAAAGAUCUAGCUCGUACUUUUCUUCAGAGGUUGAUGAUGUUAGACUACAGAGCCAGAUACAUUCCUGUAAGACAAGACAGACCUGAGGUGAGCCAGUCAAAGCUUGUUCCAGUGUUUGACACUGAGACACAAGAUGAUGACUUAGAUGCUCUUUUUAGCACCAGUGUAGACUCAGAUCAAUCAAAACAGACUCACGUGCAUCCAGUGGAUGUUCAAAUGGCAGUAUUUCACUGCUCAGACAGCUUCCUUAAGCAGAACAUGAUCACAAAGCUAUCACAAUGUCAGUAUGCCUUACCUUUGCUUGUUCCUGACCCAGUCACAAUGGAGAUUGAAUGCCCUCUGUGGACUUUCAGACAAAUAAUGAAAACAUGGAAGAUAACUCAAAUCAAAGAUGAUUCAAACACUGUCACCAUGAAGAGUAUGCCCAUCUGCAAAGCUGAGACACCCAUGGUGUCAUUUUUCCGCCUGGGUUCACUGUCACUAUCUAAAUCUCAGCUGAUGAACUCUUUGAUCAACGACCGUCACAGCACCUUCUUCCACAGAAACUGCCCAGGUAGCACCAAGUCUCGCCAUCUGAUGGAUGGUGUGGCAGAGAUAGCCUGGUACUGCCCUGCUGGAAAACCCAACGAUGCAUUCACUGACUGCAUAGCCUUCUGUAAUCUUCAUGGUGAUGCUCUGUCAACUGACAAACAGCGUGACAUACUGAUGGAAAAAUCUUUAGUCACUGUUGUUCUUGUACCAACUCUGGAAAAAGGUGACAAAAGUUCUAAAGUUAUCUCAGCACUUUUCAUGUCUCCGAAGCCUCUCAUUAUUCUCAUUGCUGAUAACGAUGGUGGUGCAGUUCAGUUGAAAAAGGGAAAAUACAAAAUGGGUCUUAAAGACAGAAGCCAGUCAGAUGUUUCUGACGAACUGAAAGGAAUCAUUGGAAACAUUUUGUCUGGACCACAUGCAUCCUUCAAACUUGAAGCCAUGGCUGAGGUCUCUGGAAUCAGAGUGGAUCAAGAUGAAAAUGUUAGCCAAAAAGGGAAAUCUGCUGCAAUGAAAAUAGUGAAUUUGCUUCAGGGGAUGGAUGUUUCAAAGAUUAAAGAUAGAUUUCUCCCUUGUCAAGGCCGACUGUGGCAUGAGUGGUGCAAAAUAAACAAAGAACUGUAUCACCUCAGAGGACACAUUGAGAAAGAGAAAGCUGUGAAGCAAAAUAAAUUAAAGCAAAUACGGGACGAUCAAUGCGCUGCUUCCUGCAGUGAACUGAUAAAGUCAUUCAUUGAAAGCCUCUCAUCUUUGUCAUCAACAGACAAAGAGUAUUUCCUGAAAUGGACUCAGAUCUUAAUAGAUGCGCUCUCCACAGACGAUCUCUCUUUAAUUCUCCAAAGCUAUGAUGAAAAGUGGUCUGAGGUCUUGGCUUUGAAGAAGAAACAUGACAAAUCUGAUCAGCUUAGAAGAAAGCAAACUGAGCUUGAACAAAUAUCAACAAAUCUACAGUCAGCAACUUUUGGCUUGGAGCACAUCUUUAGAGAAAUGGGACAGAUCUAUGAAGCUCAUGCAUCUCUGCAGAAACAAGGAAAGGAGGGACAGACUGACUGGUCUAAAUACCCUGAGCUGGCUGCAGAGCUGAUGAUAUCAGGACACCCAAUGGAGCUGAUGGAUGGUGAUGCAGGUCAUGUGCCUUUGACAUGGAUCUCCGGUCUUUUAAAUGAAGUCAUCAAGAAACUGGGCGACCAGAAAGUUUUUGUUUUGUCAGUUUUAGGCGUACAAAGCAGUGGAAAAUCCACCAUGCUGAAUGCCAUGUUUGGAUUACAGUUUGCAGUGAGUGCUGGCAGGUGCACCAAAGGUGCCUUCAUGCAGCUGGUCAAAGUGUCAGACGAGAUCAAGCAAGACUUUCAGUUUGACUACGUUCUGGUGGUGGACACUGAAGGUUUGCGUGCUCUUGAGUUGGAAGGUAACGCCACUCUUCACCAUGACAAUGAACUGGCAACAUUUGUUGUUGGUCUGGGAAACAUGACAUUAAUCAACAUCUUUGGAGAGAAUCCAGCUGAGAUGCAAGAUGUUCUGCAGAUUGUUGUUCAGGCUUUCAUGAGGAUGAAGAAGGUUAAACUUUCUCCAAGUUGUGUGUUUGUUCACCAGAAUGUUACAGAUAUUGCAGCUGCAGAGAAAAACAUGGAUGGAAAGAGACGCCUGCAAGAAAAACUGGACCUGAUGGCCCAACUAGCAGCCAAAGAGGAGGUUUGUGAUGCAGAGUGCUUCAGUGACGUCAUUGCAUUUGACGUGCAGAAAGAUGUGAAGUACUUUGCCCAACUAUGGGAGGGAAGUCCACCUAUGGCUCCUCCAAAUCCAGGUUAUAGUGAGAGUGUCCAAGAGCUGAAGAGCAUCAUCCUCUCUAAAGCUUCACAGUCUGCUGGCAUUACUCUCUCACAGUUCAAAGGCAAAAUUCAGGACUUGUGGAAUGCCUUGUUGAACGAACACUUUGUUUUCAGUUUCAAAAACACACUUGAAAUUGCAGUUUACAGGAAACUUGAGGUGCAGUAUGGGAACUGGACCUGGACCCUGAGGAGCGACAUGUUGACCAUUGAGAACCAGCUUUAUACCAGAAUUGAAAAUGGAAAACUUGACAAGGUUGAUCUCAAUUAUCUGUUUAAAGAAAUGAGCCAAACAUAUGGAGAAAUCAAAAAAGCAAUGACAACGUACUUUGAGGACAACAGAGACAGAGAAAUGUUGGUUCAGUGGCGAGGACUAUUUGAAAGCAAAAUCAAGGAGUUUCAUGAUGAACAAGUGAGAGGAGUUAAACGAAAACUAGAAGAAGUUAUCCGGCAGAAGAAUGCUCGUAAAAAGCUGGAUGACAAGAAAACAGAGUUUGAGAACAAGCUGCUACAAAAGAGCAAAGAGCUCGCUCAUCAGUUAAAAGACAAGGCAAAGGAUGAAGAGGAACUUAAAAGGCAGUUCAACUCUGUUUGGAGCAGCUGGGUCACUGAGCUAACUGCAGAUAUUAAACCUAUUGAGGACAUCAACUUGAAAGAAGAUCAGUUUACUGUCCUUCAAGAGUUUGGUUUUGAGUGGUCUCUUAUAGAUGAAUCCAAAAGCAGUGGCAGGUACAACAACAUGUCAGAGGCUGGCAAUUACAUUCAUUAUGUAACCCUCACAAAGCACCAAGAUGCUUUCAGCAAAAUUACUAAAUUUGUUACAGAAAAAGCUACAAAAGUAGGGCUUUACUUGAAGGAGCAUUUCCAGCAUGAAGAUCAGGAACGGAUCAGAUCCCUCAUUGACGAUGUCGAACAGCAGACCACAGACAUGAUCAAAAGCAAACCUGUCGCUACAAGAGGCUACAGUUCAACUUACUUGCAAGAAAUGGCCAAAAAUGUUCAAACAAAAGUGACAGAAUUUGAAUCAAAGAGGAAAUAUACUCUGAAGAAGAAGUUUACAGUUGACCUCUUGCUGUAUGUGUUUCACAGAGCAGAGAGUUGGCUUUCACAGUCCCAUAAGAAAUUCAAAAUGAACAACGAUGCCCUCGCUUAUUUAGAAAACAAGAAGAUGCAAUAUUACAACAUUUUCGGAAGCUUCUGCAGAGGAAGCUCGUCUGCUGUUGUGCUUGGAGGACUGAUCUGUGAAAAGCUGAAGGUUUCCACUGUCGAGGCUGUCUGUAACAAGACUGCCAUUGAUCUCGCUGGAGAGAUGAAGUGCAGUUUCCCAGCAUUCAGUGGGAACAGGUUGAACUUGGAGAAACAUGUGUUGAAGUCACUGGCUGAGAAAGAGGACUUGGAUGGUUUUAUCACCUACAUCCAACACCCAAGGAAGCAAGUUGAGACUUUCAUAAAAGAGGAAGUAAAGAAAUACAUCUUCACAGAACAAAGAUAUAAAGCACGAAAUAUACUCAAGAAAAAUGUUGAAAACAUCAAUAAAUGUGUGAGUCAAGCUUUAUUUACUGCAACAGAGAAAGUCAAAAUCCAGAGAGGAGACACAGACAUGUGGGUGGAAGAGUUUUCCAGUUUGUUAAAAGAUGAGUUAACAUUUGACCCCAUUUGUUGUCAAAACUUCAAAGACAUAAACAACUUUGACUUUCUGAAAGAAGAGAUAGAGAGAGGCCUUAUAUCCAUCAUGAAGCAAGUGAGCAGCCUCUCACUGGAUAAGAUGAAGGAAUUCAGACUGAAACCUGAUCAAAUCCUCAUCGAUCAGCUGUGUAACUGCUGCUGGGUAACGUGUCCAUUCUGUGCAGCUGUUUGUACAAACACCAUGAAAAAUCACAGUCCAGACAAACACAAUGUCCCUUUUCAUCGCCCCUCUGGGAUCAGGGGAUGGCACUUUAGAAACACAGUGGAACUGGUCAUCGACUUCUGCACAACUUUAGUUGCAAGUGAUGGAUGUUUCUACCCCGAGCAUGAUUCAAAAGAGACUUUUCCUUACAAACGGUAUCAAAAUGCUGGAGAGAAGUAUGCUACGUGGCAGAUUACUCCUGAUGCAUCUAAACUGACAUACUGGAAAUGGUUUGUGUGUCGAUUUCAGGAGCAACUGGAAGACCACCAUAAAUUAAAAUUCCACGGCAGAGGAGAAAUUCCCAAUGAGUGGAGAAAACACAGUAAAAAAGAAGCUAUUAAAAGUCUGGUUGAAAUGUACAAUCUGUAGUGACCCAGCUCUACUCAGAGUAACAAAAGUCCAAAGUUUCUUUAACUGCUCAAAAGAAUUAGGAGUUUUUGAUUUGAUUGCGGUAUUGAGGAUGAUGCCUUUCCAAAAUGACUGAUACAGUGCCAAUUUAUAAUUUAAUCAUAAUGUAUUCUUAUAGUAUUAUAUAUAGUGAAUUGCAGUACAACAUUAACUGUAGUUAGGAUUCCUGAAAAUGUCCUGAGGCAAAGGAGAAUACAAUGUUUGUGUAAUUACAAAUGAUGUGUUUGUUUGCCUUUAAAGGAUGAUCAUAAAAAGUAUGAGACAAAACAGAAUUAGUCGUUUAGGUUUCUGUUUAAUUAUUAUUAAGAUGAUGAAGAUGCAUGACAUUUAUAUGUAAACAUUUAAAGGAAAAUCUACUCUAAGAAGAAAUGAAGAGGGAGUUUCUGAGUUGUCAGAUAUCAUAGACAUAUUUUCAUUCCUCUAAAAACAGGAACGUAAUUUAAUUGUAUUUGACUUUUGUUUUUACCUUUUUCAUUUAUUUGAAAUUCUCAAACAGACAUGACAGGAAACUGAAACUGUGUACUUGAAAAAAUGAUAAGGGUGUGUUUUUAGAAGGAUAUUUUUAUUCAUUAAAGAUGUGGGAUUUUUUUCAAUUCAAGAUGAAUGACAGAUUUUUCUUUGUUGUUUAAAGUUGAAAGAGCAAUAAAAUGUGUAGGAUGUUGAGCUGAGACAUUUUAUCAGACAUGAAAAAGAAUUGAAUUCAUUCUAAAUAACAAAUUACUAUUUUUAGAUUACAGAUCUCAAUUAAAGGCUUCAUAACAGGUUUGUAGUUUUGAUAGAAGAUGUACACUGUAUCUCUGUAAUUGUUUUUUUUUUGUAAACUGUCAUUUGAGAAGAGAACUGAUAGAUAGGAUGAGUCCGAAGGUGGAUGUUCUGAGAGUGAAUUAAGUUUUGUUGAUUAUGAAAAUGCAUGAAACUUGUAUUUGAAUGAGACUUGUCAAGUCCCAUGAAAAGGGAUAGAGUUGUGAUAAGUUGACAUAUUAUGUUAAAAAAAUUGAACUGCUUUUAAAACAAUGGUUAACCUUUUAACUGUAUCUGUUUUCCAACUCAUAAAAAAUAAUUUUUACAUAAAACACAUAUUUUUGUCUUUAUAUUUUGUUUUUAUUCUGUAGGCGACAUUUACUUAAAUUUGUAUGAUUUUUUAAAGACUUUGAUGAAUAAUCUUUUAUCUUUCUUAAGUAUUUGGAGUAUUCGAUAAUUUUACACUAUAUAAUUUUAAAUGAUUGCAUUUUUGUCCAUAUCAGAAUUGGUUCUGUUGUUUGCUUAAUUUGACUCUGUCAUUGCAACAGUAUUGAUAUCCAUAAUUAGAAACAGAAAUAUUAGUGUUUGUGAAGAAGAAAUUGGUAUAUUUUCUUUUACUGUAAUAAAUAGACCCUUCAUGUAGUCACAGGAGUUUAAGCCUUUUUGGCCAAAGCCCAGGGCAGCAAGGUCAUCAAAUAAAAUUUUUUCUUCA